GGAAGCGACGCGCACUGUUUGAGAGAAAGAGCGCGCUCACUUCACAGCGUUCGACGAGAGCGCGCUGGCUGGACCCCAGAACUUCAUCCUGGGAACCGACAUGAAGCCCGCGUGAGCCCGCAGACUGACCGCGAGACCUUCAGGUGGAACUCCUGGAUACCGCAGAUAGCCCCGCCCCUUUUCUUUGUCUAUUCAACCCGUUUGUCGCGUUGGUGUGGAGCGAGAGGUUUGAUCCAGGAGAGAAGAUGGAAACCAGAACUUCGGAUCAGGAAGAACUUCUCCGACCAACUCCAGUCCAUGAAGACUGAACUCCAGAGAAACUCAGGUGUUCUGGAGGAGGAGGAGCCACAGGACGAGGCGGGGCCAACGUGACGUGACUGGAUGGUGGGCGGAGCUUCGGGCUGAGCGGAGGACAGGAUGCAGAAGACUUCCUGCUCCUUCCUGUUGUGGUGUCUCCUGGUCAUUGGAUGCACUGAUCCAGCUGAUUCUGGGGGGAAACAGAUGGAGCCGUGUAACGGACGGGACUGCUCCGCCUGUCGGUGUUUCCCGGCCAAAGGGGAGAUGGGAUCUCCAGGUCUUCUGGGUCAGCGGGGCCCUCGGGGGCCGCCGGGUGCCGUGGGCCCUCAGGGACCUCCAGGACCAAAAGGACAAAAAGGAGACGAGGGAGAAGCAGGACCGUUUGGACCCAAAGGCCACGUAGGAAUCCAGGGUCUAAGAGGCUUUCCAGGUUUAGAUGGAAUAGAGGGUCAUCCAGGACCUGCUGGAGGUCCAGGUCUUCCCGGUCAAGAUGGAUGUAAUGGAACUAGAGGAGACAAAGGACUGCCUGGGCUUCAAGGACCACAAGGGGCCGAUGGAGAAUGGGGUUUACCAGGACCGAAGGGGUAUCCAGGAGAUCCAGCAUCUUUCUCCUUCCAGCACCCAGGAGCCCCAGGAGAUGCCGGACUUCCUGGACUGCCUGGAGUCCAGGGCGAGCCGGGUCCUCCGGGUCUUCCAGGUUUUCCUGGUCCUGCAGGACAGUUCGGGAACAUCGGUCAGCCUGGUGCGCCGGGUCCUAGAGGUCCUCCGGGAGAAAACGGUCGAGCUGUGCCUGGACCGAAAGGAGACGAGGGAGAUCAGGGCCAGGAGGGGCCCCCGGGGCCCUUCGAGUAUGUGGACCCCCCAGAGGACCGGUACAUCAAAGGAGAUCAGGGUCCUCCUGGGGUCAAAGGAGUCACUGGAGUGCAGGGAGAACCGGGGCUGGACGCCCAUCGGGGGGUCAAAGGAGAAAAAGGCAUUGUGGGAUUUCCAGGGUCCAGAGGUGUAAUGGGUCAGCCUGGUCCAGAGGGGGGGAGAGGUAUCAAGGGACAAAAAGGGGAGCAAGGUCUGCCAGGCCUGUUUGGACAGGAGGGGUCAAAGGGCAUGAGGGGAGAUCCGGGCCUGAAGGGCCCCCCCCAGAGCAGGGACGUCACAAUCGUCGGGGACUUCGGGGACCCUGGUGCUCCUGGGUUUCCAGGUCCUCCAGGAAACAUGGGGCAUAUGGGGUUCCACGGUCCACCGGGACCUCAAGGUGCAUCAGUGCCGGGACCAAGAGGUGCUCCUGGGAUCAAGGGGUCUAAGGGGUCUAAAGGGGACAAAGGAGAUCCAGGUCAAAUGAUCACACAGGGAAAAACACCAGGAGAACCUGGGAAACCAGGAUUUCCUGGAGACAUGGGGCUGAGGGGAGAACCAGGAAUUCCAGGAAGUUACUGUCUUCCUGGGAUACCAGGCCUGCCGGGAGACCCAGGUGAUCAGGGCCCCCCCGGGUUCUCAGGCCCCUCUGGAUUUAGAGGUGAUACCGGCGCCUGCGCUUGUGGACCUCCAAUCAACAUACCCGGUCCUCCAGGGCCUAAAGGUCUCCCUGGGAGUCCAGGGUUGCCAGGAGUCCAAGGAUCCCAAGGCCCGAGAGGAGAGACGGGUCCUGUGGGAGAUGUAGGACUGAGAGGGGAAGAGGGUCUGGGUGGAGAUCAGGGCCUUAAAGGGCUGAAAGGUCAGAAAGGGAGUUUUCGAGUGGUUGAUUUUAAAGGUGAGAAGGGAGAUCAGGGCCCUCCAGGUGUGCCAGGCAAACCAGGACCCUCUGGACUAACUGGGCUCACUGGGAAUCCAGGGGCCCCUGGAAUCAUGGGCCCUAAGGGGGAGGCUUUUGCUGGUGUUACUGGAGACAGAGGUCCACCAGGACCAUCAGGACUGAAGGGCCCCCCCGGACCUGUGGGGCCCCCAGGACAGGGUUUCAUGGGAGCGAUGGGAAGGCGAGGGGCCCCUGGGCCUCCAGGAUUUAUGGGAUUUCCUGGACCUCCAGGACCAAGAGGCAUUAAAGGUGACACUUUGUCCUGUGGUCCUCAAAAUCUUGGUUCUCCUGGAGAGAAAGGAGACUCUGGACUCUCAGGUUACACAGGGAACCCAGGUCCUCCAGGUUAUCCAGGACCAACAGGGCUGGAUGGUCCAAAAGGAGAUAAAGGACAGACUGCACUACCAGGACCACCUGGGAAAACAGGACCUCGAGGUGUGGUUGGAGAUACUGGAGAAGAAGGACCUGAAGGCCUUAGUUUCAUUGGAGAAAGAGGCUCUCCAGGAUAUCCGGGCCUGACUGGACUUCGGGGACCAACUGGGGACAGUGAAGUUGGGAAUAGGGGGGCUCCUGGCCCCCCUGGACCCUUCGGGUUUCCAGGACCAAAAGGCGUGCCGGGACCCCCAGGCAAAGAUGGAGAACCAGGUUUAGCAGGUCUGCCUGGAGACCCUGGAGUGAAGGGGCUUAGAGGACAGGAUGGAGCUCAUGGUUUGAUUGGACCCACGGGGCUCCAGCCUGUAUCAUGUGAUGCAGGAAAACCCGGUGAACCUGGCCUGCGGGGCAUCACUGGACCCCAAGGUCAACGGGGUCCACCAGGCCAGAAAGGGGAGGUGGGGCCUGACGGUCCUGAAUGUGUAGGCUCUAAAGGGGAUGUUGGUAAACCAGGCGUUUCAGGUUCUCCUGGCAGACCGGGACCUAUGGGGCCCACUGGUCCACCUGGAAACAUAGGCUGGCCUGGGCUUGUUGGAGAAAAGGGACUGAUUGGGCCCCAGGGAGAGAGAGGACUGCCUGGAGAUGUGGGAAGGUAUGGGGGUCCUGGAGCCCCAGGCAAGCCCGGAGAGAUGGGUCUUUGUGGACGAGAUGGACCUCCGGGAAAUGAAGGCUUGAAGGGAGAGAAAGGCUCUAUAGGAGACAUGGGCCCUCCAGGACAUACCAACUUCAUCCUAAUUAAAGGCACUAAAGGAAAGCUGGGGGCUCCUGGAGAGAAUGGAUUCCCUGGGCCCCGAGGGGAUAAGGGCGUGAAGGGGGAUCUGGGUCAUCCUGGGCAUCCAGGGUGCUGUGGACCCCCGGGUGUUAAAGGAUUUCAAGGACCCAAAGGACCCCAAGGAAAACCAGGGCAUCCAGGACCAGCUGGACCUAAUGGAUCGCAAGGACAACCUGGCCCUCCAGGAUGGCCGGGAGACCCAGGUGACACGGGAUGUCCGGGGAAACCAGGAGAAUGUGGUAAUCUGGGAUGUCCAGGACCUCAAGGUGAAAAAGGAGAAUCGAUUGGCUGUCCUGGGGUCCCUGGACACAAGGGCGAUCCUGGAUUCUUUGGCCUUCAAGGAUCUCCAGGGCCUCCUGGAGAUCCUGGAGGUACUGGCAAUGCGGGCCCUCCAGGACCGAAAGGAUGCAAAGGAGAACGUGGUUGCCGUGGAAACCCUGGAGAACCAGGUGUGCAAGGUCCCAUCGGCCCCAGAGGUCAUCCAGGUUAUCCUGGUCUUGCAGGUGCACCUGGAGCUGACGGACCACCAGGAUCAACUGGUGAUCAAGGACUGCAAGGUCCUCCGGGACCACUGGGCCUCCAUGGACUGGAUGGACUGAAAGGAGUCAAAGGGGACAUGGGGACUAAAGGCCUGACUGUAUUUGGUCCAAGAGGACCUCAAGGUCCUCCUGGGGAUAAAGGUCCUCCAGGUCCUCCUGGGCCUUAUGGUACAUCACCACCAGGGCCCAAAGGACCAAAAGGCCCCCAAGGAUCAAAAGGACCUCAAGGAAGAAUAGGACCACCUGGAGAUCCAGGACCAGACUGUACAAACCCACUUCCAGGGUCUCCUGGAGAUCCUGGAUACCAGGGACCGGAUGGAGAGACAGGGUUGCCUGGAGAAAUCGGUGUCCCUGGUCCAAACCCUCCAGUCCGAGGGGAUGAUGGAGACAACGGUCCUCCAGGCAGCCAAGGCUUUCCAGGAGAACAGGGAAAACCUGGGCUCCCGGGACUAAAGGGCUACAGAGGACAGAUGGGAAUUAAAGGAGAAAAAGGGGAUAGAGGUUGGAUUGGACUACCCGGGGAUAAGGGUCUAAAUGGUCAUCCUGGUUCUAUGGGACGCCCAGGAUCAAAGGGACUUCCAGGACCAGCAGGAGUAAAAGGAGAGAAGGGACAAGUUCUUCCCGCUCCACCUUGUUUUCCAGCACCAGCGGGCCCGCCUGGUCCACCUGGCCCCCCAGGUCCAGCUGGAGAUUGUGGACUGAGUGGAGAAAAUGGCCAAGUAGGGCCAACAGGUGAAAAGGGAAACCCGGGGAAUCAGGGGCCAGUAGGAGGAGUGGGCCCAAUGGGUCCAAAGGGAGAGCGAGGAGACCCAGGACUGCAAGGAGAGGAGGGAGCAGUAGGAGAAAAGGGGGCCAGAGGGGCAGCUGGUGACAGGGGUCCGACAGCACCAUGCCAGGAAAAAAACAUGGGCUUCCUGCUGGUGGUCCACAGCCAAUCAGUGAACAUCCCCCGCUGCCCGCCACAAACAGAGAAGCUGUGGGAUGGAUACAGUCUGCUGUACCUGGAGGGGCAGGAGAAGGCCUACACUCAGGACCUGGGUGCUGCCGGUUCCUGCGUCCGCGUCUUCUCCACCAUGCCCUUCUCCUCCUGCGACAUGAACAGGUGCCUCUACGCCAGCAGGAACGACAAGUCCUACUGGCUGUCGACCAUGGCGAACGUGACCCGGGAGCCCGUGAUGGGCGACGCCAUCCGAGGCCUCAUCAGCCGCUGCGUGGUCUGCGAGGCGCCUUCCACCCCUGUGGCCAUGCACAGCCAGAACUCCAUCGAGCCAAACUGCCCCAGCAACUGGGCCACUCUGUGGACCGGAUACUCCUUCAUCAUGCACACAGGAGCGGGCGAUGAAGGCGGCGGGCAGUCCCUCACGUCUUCAGGAAGCUGUUUGACAGAAUUCAAGUCUCUGCCCUUCCUGGAGUGUCAGGGGCCUCGAGGGACCUGCCACUUUUUCGCCAACAUCUACAGUUUCUGGCUGACGCACCAGGGGGGAGGAGCCUCCUCCACCCACAGGAACUCCAGCACGCUGAUCGACCCCAUGCAGCACAAGAACUACAUCUCCAGGUGCCGGGUCUGCAUGAAGCUGUCCAACCAGUGAGCGAGACGUCGUCUCCACGAGGAGAAGCUCCUCCUCCUGCAGGAACCGGCAGAACAGUCUCCAAACCUGGGUUUCAUCCGCCGGUCAGUCUGCCGGUACCAGUCUUCAGCGGUCACUCACUGGGCGGUUUGGUUGGUGAUUUGGUUCAGUCGGAGAUCCGGGGAAGUGCUUGUGGAGGAGAGAUCUCUGACAUCGGUCAAUGUAGACGAGACCAAACUUUACUAAAGUUACUAACCCUCCAGAACACGAGCAGCUUUAUCCCAAAGCCAGAGAAACCAGCCAGCGGGCUCGGACCCUGCCGUCUGCAGCCGUGCGUUGUUGGUGUUUGUUGUGUGUCCACUCACCGGUUUGUCGUACCAACAACAGCAACAACCAGACACUCUUUCACCACAAACUCAGAGAAGGUCCUGGAAGACGUUGUUGGCUCACCCCCCGCUGGGUUACAUUGGCUCCACAAGGCUGUGCAGCUGGUACCAGAUGGUUCUGCUGGUGCCUGAAAAAUGCAGCUUGUGGACUCCAGCAGAACGUCUCAUGAAGAAAUGCUGCUGUAGAGGGUUUGGGUUAGAAUGCAGACCUGCUGUCUAUGCUGACGGCUCAAAAGUCAUUCUGGUCUGGUUCUGGUCUAGUUCUGGUCUGGUUCUGGUCUAGUUCUGGUCUGGUACUGGUCUGGUUCUGGUCUGGUUCUGGUCUGGUUCUGGUCUGGUUCUGGUCUGGUUCUGGUCUAGUUCUGGUCUGGUUCUGGUCUGGUUCUGGUCUGGUCUAGGUAUGGUUUUUAAGACGUUUGUUUUUUGCUAACAGAGCUAGCUUGGAGGUUUGCGUUUCGCGUUCUCGAUAGUGGGCGGAGCAGCAGCUGUCACAAGGAGGUGGAUGUCGGUCAAACAGCAGACGAAGCGAGUGUGUGACAUGCAUGAAGAUACGGAUGGAGGAGAGAACCCCAGAGCUUUUCAAAAUAAAACAGUAUCUUUCUGUGCGGCUCAGUACCAGCAGACCCAUGAACCGAUUGGAACCGGAUCAGAACCUGGGCGGUUGGGGACUCACGUGUCUGAUAAGAAUUGGAUUAGCCACAAAUCCAAGAACUCUUUUUAGUUUUACUGGAAAGUUUGGGAGACUCUGACGUGUUUUUUUUAUGCUUCAAAAAGCAGCUGGUGGCACUGUAGGCCACGCCCACCUCCCUGAGGCACCGCCCCCUGCAAACCAUGCAGGAGAGAAAUCAGAGUAACUCCGCCAGAGUCUCUCUUUAAGAUCACUUUGCCGGUCCCAAGCCCGGAUAAAGGAGGAGGGUUGUAGAUGUGGCCCUUCAAAAUAAAAGCUUAUCUAUAAUCCUGAACAUCAACACAUGGAAACUGUCAUCUGCAAAACAGAUGCAGCGGGAACAUGACCGUAAAGAGUUAAUGACAUCUAUUCAGAUUAAUGUAGACUUUGGUGGAAGUUGGUUUUUAAAAUCAUUCUGAUUUAUGACGGACAGAAAAAUGAGACGCUAAAACUCUCCAUGAAUCGGGUUUUCAUGGAGAUGGCUGAGAGAGUGAUCACACGUCAGUUCUUCUUCAGACGGAGAGGGUUCAACAUCUUCAGGCCGGAUUCAGACCGUAGAGUCUUGUAGGAGCCAAUCAGACCCUUCAUGUGAGUGAGCCACCAACGUCAUUAUCCACUUCCUGUUUAAAUCACCCUACUUCCUGUCCCAAAGUCUAUUCAUUUCAGUUAAAACCACUCCCAUUAGUCCCCUAAAGGGUAAAUAUAAAUACUUCCCUUAAUAAAUUCAUUAGAACUGGAACUCUGUUCCACAUCUAGAAUAACUCUGACAGAGAAACUUUAACGUCAUCAUCUAAACUCACGUCUUUAUAAAUGUUUGCGAAUCUAAAUCAAAGGUUUUAUUAUCAAGUUCAUCUAUAAAAGUGAGAUUCCGAUCCAUCGUUUUGAAUCUAAACUGUUUUAGUUUUCAUUCAAAUUCAGUUCAAGUUUUUUUGCUGAGUCAUGUUUGAGACCACAGCUGGGUUUGGUGAUAAAUCUGCUUAGUCAUGCUUCAUGCUGCCUAAAUAAUCCACUAACACAUUCCUAACAAAACUGUAUUUCUAAAAACAUAUUUUAGACUCUAGAAUUCAUUAUAUCAACUAUAUCUAUAAUUGUUUCAGUUAGCCAAAGUAGAGGAUUUAUUUCCACAAAUAAAGCAAAUGUUCUAAAGAUGAUAAUGUACAUUCAUGUGACUCUGAUGUUCAGCAGUUCGUCUGCAGAGAGACCCUGAAGCUCCAUCUGUGCAGAGACAGAACCACAAACUCAGCUGUUUUUCAGACAAUUCCAAAAUAAAACUAUGCUAACGCUAGUUAGCAUUGGCAGAGGUCUUCUAACAUGACAAACCGAGGGUUUCUGGGAGUUCAGACGUGAUGCUAACAUGUGUGAAAUCCAUCUGUCAAUAAAGAACUUUUCUGAUGUUAUAUCUUCA